AUGACUACCACUACUACUACCACUCACGGUGUCAAGGAGGAGAUUCAUUCUUCUGCCUUGUCUGUGGCAUCCUCCAGUACUUCGUGUACGCUCAAUGAAAGUACUGUCUUUCACCCGUCACAUAUCCUGACCGUCGACGCGCAAGGGAUUGCGGCUUUGCGUCUUCCUCUACCUUCUCGACAGACUGAGAUCUUGAUCUACCAUGCAGAUGGUGGCGAGGCUUAUGUCUCGAGGCGCGACAAGCACUGGUCGGGUAAUGCGGUCUUGUCACACCCAAAGCGUGGAGAUCUUAUCCGCACACAAUACUUCUUUGGCCCAAAUCGCGAUCCAGUUUUGCAUCUUCUACAGGCUGCCGACCGUGAAUCAGUGGCAGUGACUGGAAAAUGGACCUCCCGUGCUACGCGAUUUGAGAUGCCUGGGGCCCAGUCUUUCGAAUGGGAAUACGUCAAGGAGAAGCGAGCAAAUGGCCAGAAGGUGAGCCUCAUUGUUUUGAAGGUGGUAGCAGAAAAAGGCGACAGUCAGGGGCACGACAUUCGAAUUGCACAGUUAGUCCGUGGCUCAGACUCUCGCACACCGGGCACGUCACGAUGCACGGCGGGGAAUGGCGGGGAAUUGCAGAUCGAUCGGGCAGCGUUGCAGUCGGUUGGGUUAGAUGAGGCCAUGGUGGUUGCCACCUGCUUGAUGAUGCUGAAGAAGGAAAUUGACCGACGAAGGAUGAUGCAGAUGGCAGCCAUUGGCGGGGCGGGAAGUUGA